UGGCACUUCCUAUUGGUCACAUCGAAUAACGCUUGGCCAAUAGGAGACUCUGUUGUUACAGUCCCGCCUCCACAGCUGUCAUGGCUGCGGCCAGUGAUCAAGAAGGUGUAAGGAAAAGCGAUGCUGGGCUUUUUGUCCGCGCGACAAGCAGGUUUGGAGGACCCUCGUCGCUUCCGGAGAGCAGAGUCCACACGGAGGGUUUUGGGACUGGAAUUAAACAAAGACAGAGAUGUUGAAAGAAUCCACAGUAGUGGAGUUAACACCCUUGACAUUGAACCUGUUGAAAGGAGAUACAUGUUAUCAGGUGGUUCAGAUGGUGUGAUUGUACUUUAUGACCUUGAGAACUCCAGCAGACAACCUUAUUACACAUGUAAAGCAGUGUGCUCCGUUGGCAGAAACCAUCCUGAUGUUCACAAAUACAGUGUGGAGACUGUUCAGUGGUAUCCUCAUGACACAGGCAUGUUUACAUCAAGCUCAUUUGAUAAAACUCUGAAAGUAUGGGAUACAAAUACAUUACAAACUGCAGAUGUAUUUAAUUUUGAGGAAACAGUUUAUAGCCAUCAUAUGUCUCCAGUUGCCACCAAGCACUGUUUAGUAGCAGUUGGUACUAGAGGACCCAAAGUACAACUUUGUGACUUAAAAUCUGGAUCCUGUUCGCACAUUCUACAGGUUGUAUUUGCAGGUCACAAACAAGAAAUAUUGGCAGUUUCCUGGUCACCACGAUAUGAUCAUAUCUUGGCAACUGCCAGUGCUGACAGUAGAGUAAAAUUAUGGGAUGUGAGGAGAGCAUCAGGAUGUUUGAUUACUCUUGAUCAAAAUAAUGGAGAAAAGUCACAAGCUGCUGAAUCAGCAAACACUGCUCAUAAUGGGAAAGUUAAUGGCUUAUGUUUUACAAGCGAUGGGCUUCACCUCCUAACUGUUGGUACAGAUAAUCGAAUGAGGCUCUGGAAUAGUUCCAGUGGAGAAAAUACACUAGUAAACUAUGGAAAAGUUUGUAACAACAGUAAAAAAGGAUUGAAAUUCACUGUUUCCUGUGGCUGCAGUUCAGAAUUUGUUUUUGUCCCAUAUGGUAGCACCAUUGCUGUUUAUACAGUUUACUCAGGAGAACAGAUAACUAUGCUUAAGGGACAUUAUAAAAGUGUUGACUGCUGUGUAUUUCAGUCAAAUUUCCAGGAACUUUAUAGCGGUAGCAGAGACUGUAAUAUUCUUGCCUGGGUACCAUCCUUAUAUGAACCACUUCCUGAGGAAGAUGAGCUAAUUCCAGAAAGUUACAGAAACACCCUGAGCAACAGCAGCAUGACUAAAACCAAGUCACGGUUAAAUCCAGCUUUUGAAGAUGCCUGGAGCAGCAGUGAUGAGGAAGGAUGACUGUCAGCCUUGAGGACCUUUGUGUCUCUAACAAUGAAACUUUUUAAACAGCACUGUUCGUGUGGAGGGUUUUUUAACUGUUUCUUCUAUUCCUAAAAAUUAAAUUAGUCUUGAAUUUGGGUGAUAUUUUUCAUUGAGGUUUUAAAAUGAGGUUAAUAUUUGUAUGAAAUCCUAAACAGACCUCUAGGCAUCUAUUUAAUCAAAACUGGUCCCAUUGAUCCUGCCAUCGCCAGGCAGCCCCCAUUGCUACAGUGUGAGAACAGAAGUUGUUGUGUCUCAGCUAGGGUCUUGAGCUAAUCACAUGAAUGUAAAACACAGUCUGAGAGGAUCACCAGGUGGAGGUUAUCGGCACCCACUUUCUCCAACUGGCUGUACCAUCGACCUGCUUAUUUCCACCUCCAAGGAUGAUUUUAUGAAGGAUUACCACAUAAAACAAUGAUAGUUGAAAAAGUAGCAUUGAAAUUAUGUGUCCUUUUUAAUUUCCUUAUUACAUUUCUUUUUCUCGAUUUUUAUUUUUUAUUAGUACAUGCUUGUAGUACAUAAUGAUCACAUUCCGUAUGGGGAGUUGGUAUAUAUACUGUAUGUAACACAUCUUAAUUACCCCCAUCUCUUGGUCCCCUUACCAUUUGCAAAAGACCUCCCUACUUCCUUUCUGUAUCUUUCCUUCUUAUUCAUGUAUUCACAUUUUAUAAUGAUUUCCUUUAGCUGACCAUCAUGUACCUGCAUGUUGAACAGUUUUGGGCUCAAUGUCUUCUACAAUCCAAACAGUAUACUGUGGGGAGGUCUUUAAUUUAUGGACAGUCCCGUGUUUGCUUCAUUUUAACAUCAGAGAGCAGUCUGUGUACUCAUGCUUGAACUCUCUUUCUGUGAAACUUUUUAAGAUAUAACCAAGUCCUGCCUCAUUCAUCCAAGCAGAAAAUGUCUGGCAUAAACAUGAAUGUCAUCAUAAAAUUUCUUUUGUAUUCUC